AUGUUACAACGUAACAAGAGCUUUCUCAAAGCCUUAACGACAUUUUAUCACUGGGAAAUGCAUGAUAAUGGUGUAGAGGAGAGCGGAGUUAAAGCGCAAACAAACCAGCUCAUUUACAAAGCAGGGAUUCGUGGAGCCGUAGACUUUAUGCGGAGCCCUGCGAAGUAUAUUAUUAAUGAAAAUCCGGGCGCACUUCAGAAACUUCAACGCACAUAUACCUUCGCUGCCAAACAUGCGUACCGACUCUGGGGCGAAAGAACGGUGUUGGAAGUUUCGAACCCUUCAGACAUCUUGGGCCAGCCAUAUAAUUCUAAGGACAAGGCCCUGGAUUUACACGGUCGAGCCAAUGUGAGAUUCGAAGGAGACGGAAAAAGUCAGCCAAUAACUAUGGUUAUAUCACCUCAUAUCAAGUUAUUUGGGCGGGAGAGAUCGAGGAUUGGUAGAGAUACGCGAUUUUACUGUUCUGAAGUAUUUGUUAAACCUGCAACUGUCUGGUUUUAUACCCCUGGCCCAGGCGAGCCUGAUUAUGGUACGGAAGCCGUGGAGCCAAGAGUUGUUCCUCCGCGAGUUGGAACGAGCCCAGAAACCGCAGGCGGAAGACUGCUCAAGGGCUUAGAUGAGACGACAUUGCUAGAUCUUGUAAAGCCUUAUCUAGAUGACCUUGCUGAACAACUAAGGCCUUUGGUAGAGGAGGUUACGCCAGCAAAUAGCAGAAUUCAAUGA